AUGCUUGACGGCGAAGAAGACGAAGAGCUCACGAUGGAGCUCCCGCCUAUUUGGCAAUUUGUGCACCCCGAAUACGCCCGUGGUGAUGGUUCCUCGAAGGGUGUUGGGGACGACGAGGCAGACGAGGAUGAAGAAGACGAUGAAGUUGCCCGCAUGAAAAAGGCGCCAAAGCUUAGCAAACUACUGCGUUUCAUCAACGACGUGGACGAUGACGAGGAGCUGGAGAGGAUGCUGCAGGAACGGGACCCUGUGACGCAGCAGACCCUCUUGCAGUGGGCAACGCGACAGCAACACUUUACAUUGGCAGAAUAUCUUUUGAAGCGGGCGAAGCGGGCGGCCUUUGGCUUCCCGAUGGAAUCAACCGAGAUGGCUGUGUACACCAGGUGGGAAGAGAUGCGGCCGGAGUUGCCUACCCCAGCCGAACUGCAGGCACGACAGCAAGAACGUGACAAGCAGCGAACAGAACGUCUUGCUUCCAAGCUGCAGCAGGAGAAGGAAAGAGCAGACGGCAACGAUGAAGAAGAGGAAGAAGAAGAAGAGGAAGAGGAGGAAGAGGAAGAAAAUGAAGCGUUACCAGAGGAACUUGUGUAUGAGUCAUUAUCCGAGUACCAUGAUGAAUGGGGUGACCAUGGUGUGGGAAUUGUGAAGCAAAUUGGUGAACUCGGUGUGUACAUUGGAGCUCGACUGCGUGAUGGGACAAAACAAGGCCUUGGGCAGUCGAUUUUUCCAAAUGGUGAUGUUUAUACAGGUGAGUAUGAAAACAACCAACGCCAUGGUUUGGGUCUGUAUUGGUGGGCGAAACAAGGUGUAUUUUACGUGGGCCGCUGGUAUCGCAGUGUGCGACACGGUCAUGGCCGAAUUGUGUACCCCGAUGGCUCACGCUACCUGGGAGCCUGGUCACGUGACGAGAAACAUGGUAAUGGGCGUUACGUGUAUGCCGACGGUAGCAGCUACGAUGGCGCCUGGGAACACAACAAGAAACACGGCUACGGUGUUUACCGCUUCACCGAUGGAUCUUCCUUCCACGGCAGCUUUGUUGACAAUGAAUUUGUCUCUGGAGAAUGGCGACUGGCGUCUAAUAUCACGCGGUACAUUGGAAACUUUUCGAAGGAUGCACCCGUUGGGGCAGGAGUCUUUCUUCACCGUCUUGGACCCAGUUCACAUGACGCCUUUCAACAAGAAGGGUUUUAUGUGAAUGGUGAGUGGCACCCGGGGGUGUUGCACGGCACCACCCGUGUGCCACCGCGCCUUGAGGUCUUUGCGCCUCAACAGGAGGAACCAAAACGUGUGCCCGUCACAUUUGCGCCGGAGUGCAGCGGCGGAAAGAUGGUGGAUCUUGUCAAGGCGGUGAACUUCCCGCCCGUGCAGCGGUGGAUCAAGUCACUAGCUUCCGUGAGUGAGCAUGGCAAGCUUGGUGUGGUGCUGAUGUCAAUUGAGAUCUGCUCCGUCAAGUACGACUCGGAGGAUGCGAACCUUGUCGUGGAAGUUCGCCUGCGCCCCGUUCUUUAUGAUGUUGACAAAAAACGACUGCGGCUAUCGUCAAUUGGCGACGAGACAAUCAUCCUAAAGGAGUACACAACGCGGUUGAUUCUCAUUGUUGAGCGGCCGGGAACCACUGAGGUGGAACGCCAGCCGAUGGUCAUCUUGGAAAGGUCCGCGCAAAUGACAUGUGCGGGAGAAAAUCACAUGCAACACCGUUUGCCCACUGUGCAGGUGUCAAUGGAGGGCGAGAUUGAAGGGGCCUUUGCGCGUGCCAUUCAGCCCGCACUGCGCGUGACGCUUAACCGUCACACGACAACCAAACAACUUCUCCGUCCCAUUCACAGCAACCCGAUGCUGGGCAAUGCAGCGGAGGAUGUGAUUAUGUAUGUACAGGAGUGGCACCCCGACGCACACGCAAAACUGAACGAAAAACUCGAAGUGGCCUCGAGGGUGCCGCCCGAACCCGAAGAAAAAGACAAGAAACCAAAGGACGCAAAGCCAUUGGAGCAGGCCGUCGCUGCAGAGGCGGCACCGGUGGUACCGGCAACGGAGGGCUGCAGUUAUGUUGCCGUCCCGCUUGAAAAGGUCGCGGGGGUGUCCAAUGAGGCCCUCACAGUCAUCGCCGCGACUGCGGUGCUGCAACGCAGGAAGAAGAGCGAACUGCCGCUCGCCACCGCACCGAAGCAGCGACCGCCCACGCCACUGCCGCCAGCGCCGGAGCCCCGACCAGAGCUCCAGCCGCUGUACGAUGCCCGCGCGGCGCUGAAACGUGCCGAAGAGGGCAGCGAUAACGAAGACGACGACGACGAUGAGGACACUGCCGGCGCAGAGGAGUGA